CAUAUAAAAGCUGUUAGCUGCUCCUGCAGUCAGCAGCAUUCAAACCUUGCAGAGUUUUGCUCUCUGAAAGCUUGUAAUAAGACACACUCUUAUAAGAGUUCAUGCUACAACCUAGCAAAGAACUUUAAAUUUUUGGAAGAACAAUAUAUUCAUUUUGGCAUUCUGCAGAGACCCUAACUCUACCUUUCUGCUUUAAAGCAAAGUAAACUCGGUGGCCUCUCCUCCUCCACCCCUCAAAAUGAUAGCCUUCUCUGCAGUCAGCAGUGCACUCCUGUUCUCCCUUCUCUGUGAAGCAAGUGCCGUCGUCUUACUCAAUUCCACUGACUCAUCCCCGCCAACCAAUAAGUUCACUGAUAUUGAAGCAGCACUAAAAGCACAACUCGAGUCUGCGGAUAUCCCCAAAGCCAGGCGGAAGCGCUACAUUUCGCAGAAUGACAUGAUCGCCAUUCUUGAUUAUCAUAAUCAAGUUCGGGGCAAGGUGUUCCCACCAGCAGCAAACAUGGAAUAUAUGGUUUGGGAUGAAAAUCUUGCAAAAUCUGCAGAGGCUUGGGCAGCUACUUGCAUUUGGGACCAUGGACCUUCUUACUUACUGAGAUUUUUGGGCCAAAAUCUAUCUGUACGAACUGGAAGAUAUCGCUCUAUUCUCCAGUUGGUCAAGCCAUGGUAUGAUGAAGUGAAAGAUUAUGCUUUUCCAUAUCCUCAGGAUUGCAACCCCAGAUGUCCUAUGAGAUGUUUUGGCCCCAUGUGCACACAUUAUACGCAGAUGGUUUGGGCCACCUCCAAUCGGAUAGGAUGUGCAAUUCAUACUUGCCAAAACAUGAAUGUCUGGGGAGCUGUGUGGCAACGUGCAGUUUACCUGGUAUGCAACUAUGCCCCAAAGGGCAAUUGGAUUGGAGAAGCACCCUAUAAAGUAGGGGUACCAUGUUCAGCUUGCCCUCCAAGUUACGGAGGAUCUUGUACUGACAAUCUUUGUUUUCCAGGAGUAACGUCAAACUACCUAUACUGGUUUAAAUAAGCUUAUCUUCUCCUCCAGGAAAUAGAAUGGUUUCUGGGAAUCAUAGGCGUAUAUAUAUAUUGAGUUUUGCACAUAUUAUAUAAAUUUUAUAAUAAUCUGGUUUUCCUUUUAUUAUGCCUUGUAUAAAUUAGUGUUUGUCUAGUAUGUUUGUUUCAUCUUUGAGGUCAUGAAAACAUCCAUUUCUAUCUUCUGACCUCUGAGCCCAAGUUAAAAUGUUGGAUACGUAAUAUUGACAUAGUUGAUGCAUCCAAUUCUAAAACUUGCUUUCCAAAGGAAUUAUGUUAUGUUUGUGAGGAAUAAAAUAUAUAUUUGACCUGUAAUUAAUGUGUGUGUAUGUAGAUAUAUAUACACAUAUGUGUAUGUAUAUGUACAUGCACAAACAUAUAAUAGAUGAUGUAACACAGACAAUAAUGUGAUUCAGUAGUUAGCCUGAGGGGAAUUUAAAAAUAUACUAUUUUGAAAUAUGUAUGAGGUGGUGGGACAUCUUCAGCACCCAUUUCUGUAAUACCUACAAAGUGAGAGUUUGCAAAAUAACACUCAGUGAUAUCUGGACAUAAUAAUUUAAUUAAGCAACCAAGGAUUUCAUUCUCGAGGUAUUUUGUCUUAUUUGGGUUCACCAAAGGAUAUGCUCAACUUAUGUAAGGUUCAAGUCAUGUCUUUUGCUUAAUCUCUUUUAUUGAAUUAGUAAUCAUGUGUUGAGUGGUUACUAUGUGUAAGGCACUCUGCUAGUUAUGUUCUGAUAAUGCAAAGAUAAUGAGAUACGGUUCCUGCCUUCAAGAAGCUCACAAAAUAAUUCAGGAAAUAAUGCAGUUUAAGAUUCUGAUGCAAAAUUACAGUUUUUUGACAAAUUGGUUUUAAUGUAAGUUUGAGGAAACAGAUGCCAUAAUGGCCCCUUAUAGGUGAAAUAGGUGAUGAGGACACUGGGUAACAUGUAAGGCUUCUGGUUAGCAUGAAAAUGUAGAGACACCACUUGGAACUAAAAGAGGCAGAAAAGAAUUAACUGCCCAGGGAUUACUGUAUUAGAGUAAAUAGUUGUGAGUUUGGUAAGCAGAAAGCAAGACACUAAAAAAACCUGACAAGGCCCAGGAGAAUUAAGAUUUAGGAGACAGGUAUGAAGAGCCAUAGAAAUAGGGUUAUUGCACAAAAAAUUACAGGGGAGAGCUUCAGAAGGGUCUAUCCUGAGAGUCUAGUAUAUCUUGAGGCCUGGCAACAGAGGGUAAAGGAUGCCAGAAAGAGACACGUGAGAUGUUGAGGACACUUCCAUCUCUUCACAUCAUUAUUUGGUGAGCGUCCAUCCAAUUAUCAUCAUGAGCCUCUGAGCAUCGCAUUAAAGAUCCUGCAUGCACACCACAGGUAGGGUUUGGCAAAGUAGCCUUCUUCAGAUGAUUUGCCAAGGACUAAUUAGCAAAUCUUAUUUCCAUGUCUAUGUAGGAGAAUAAUCUUCAGUUUUCCAUUAAGUUUGAUUGUGGAAGUCAAAUCAAAGUCACUACGAAAAUUUCACUCGUGUGAUUUUGGAAAUGCAACGUUUCCUCCUUCGGGAAAUUGCUAUUAGAGAGGAAAAGUCAACAUCUGGGUCAAGACACUUGCAUUAUGUUUUGUGUGUGUGUGUGUGUGUGUGAGAGUGAGAGAGAGAGAGAGAGAAUGAAAGAGAGAGAGAUUAUGAGAGAGACAGAGAGAAAAUGAAAGAGAGUGUUCACAAGUUAUGUAAUGCUUCCAUAGAAUUACAGAAUAAGCAAACAGGGUUAGUUCCAGAGUGCAAAUAACAGAGGGAAGCUACUUGUUUAAAAUUCUCUACACAUUUGCAGUUUCUUAGGGAGGAUACACUGAAAGAUGACAGAUAAUUAAAUCCAGUCAAUGAGGGAAAAAUCUACCAUCUGGAGCUUAGGUUGACAUGAUGACAAACAAUUGGACUGAUUCCUUUUACAAACUGAAUAUGGUGACCAAAUGUUUUGGUAUCAUACUACUCUGCUUUUGUGGGCACAUAAAUAGACUGUAUAAAAAAAUAAGUAUUUUCGGGGACUAAACUGGAGAACAGAAGUCAUUGUAAGAUUUGGGCCCCAGUCUUUUAUCUAACUGUGGGCAAGUGGAGAGAAAGCCCAUUAGUGGGAUGUUUACUUGAUUUCUCUAGAAAGUAUUUCCAACUUUCAUCUUCCUAGACUCAUUCUAUAGAAGCGGCAAAAGUACUAUCAAGCAAAGAUGAUUGUUCUCAGUUCCAGUCCUGUUGCUGGAUUGCUUGUGUGGCUUGGUUUCUCAGUGCUGAAAAAGAAUAAUAGUAGUUGCUACAUAUUUCACAGAGGUUCCUAUGAGGCUAGAGUUACCAUUUUAAUAGCAAUUUAUGAAUAUUAAAUGCAUCAUUAAUGUUGUGAAACUUAUUUGGGGAAAAAAUUAAGUUUUAUGAGCUUCUCUUUGGCAGAAACUCUGUCUGAUUCUUUGCAUUCAUUCCAGCUUCUUAUAUAGUGGCCGUAAUGCAGGAAGUAUUCAAUAAAUGUGUCUAUGAAUAUAUUUUUAGAAUUAACUAAAAAGUCUAGAAUUGCAACAAUUUAGAGGAGUCCCACCUUUCCAUGGUUAUUAAGACAAAAAUCUCUUAAAUAUAAAGCUCUGAAUGCAUCAAAAAUCCUGAUAAAUCAUCAAACAUAUCAGAUUAAGACUAGGAUCUAGCCACGAAUAACUUACACCACAGUCCUUUCCAAAUCACAACUAGAGCUAUACAUUUAUUUAUAACUUAACAACUCACCUGAAAAUAUAACGGGUAUUUUUGUUAUGCUAUGUGUACUUUUUAAAGUUAGUAAUAUAAGGUAGGCAUGUGAAAUGUAUCAUUUUCCAGGCUAAAGCAAAUGAAAAUUUGCUGAUAUCAACAGUGUGUCCUGUUUUUCACAGCAUUCAACCAUGGUGCUAGGAUAGCUACUUCUCACUGUAAUUCCCAGGCGCAGAAAGAGUCUGGCUGGGUAUCAGAUAUUUCUUAAGAGCAGCUAAAAACAGUCAAUAUUGAGGUUUUCAUUUCAAAACAUAUCAUGCAAUAGAAAGUGUAUUUUCCAUAUUCUCCAUAUUCCACGGCACUGAUUCUCUCUCUACAGUAUAGAGUUUUCAGAUCACUCUUUAUUCAGUAAAAAGUAAAACACUUCUGUCACAAUACAACACUUUUGUUUGUUUUGCUUCCACAUCGUCAGAAGACUGGAAAAAUUACAAUUUUAGCUGUUAAACUGAUGGGUUUCUUUAUAGAAAUGUAUUUAAGUUGUGUAGGCACAGUCUUAAUGUUGCUGGUUAUGACAGAUAAGCUUGCUUUUAAAAUGUGGUGGAAACAGUUUUUAUUCUUACCAUUUUUGCUUCUGUUCGGUAGCCUACGCAACGUGAUUUCUGGGGUCCGUCGGGGUUUCCCUCCCGGCUUCCUUUGGCAGCAGCGCCCUGACGUUCACUUGAAACCUUUGUGGAAACAUUUAUUCGAAAGCUCCGUGCUGCUGUAGCACAGAGCUGACCAAACACGAAGGCAAGUGCACCCAGUACAAUUCACUCAGACUAUUUGAACUGAAACAGCGUGUAUUCUCAUUGUACAUGCUUGCGUUGAAUCAACUUAUAACACCCACAUAAACAGUCAUGUGCACAUUUAGACCAGCUGAAGUGUUUUGUGUUCAUAACCAGCUUAUUAAAUUAAUAUAUAAGCUAAACAGAUCAUUUGAAUGUGUCCAGGAAGGAAAAGUAAAGCUCAGGCUGUGGGCUAUGUCCUUCCCUUUGUGUAACAACAUUCCCUACGUUCCUCAGUAUCACAGGAUGCAAAUUUUGACAGAAAUGGAAGCUUUUACCUACCAAAGUGUUCAGAGAGAAUAAAGUUAGAUUUCUAUCAGUGCCUAACAGUAUAUUUGACUUCAUACAUAUAUACAUACAUACAUAUAUAUAUACAUAUAUAUGUAGUAUUAUCAUUAUAUGUGUGAGGAAAGGCAUAUUUAAACACAUGCAAAAUGAUUUUUAAAAAUUAUGCCAUGAUAUAAUUUUGACUUAUCAGAGGUCAAUCAAAAACUUAAUUCACUCGCUGAUGGUGCUGAAAAUGCAUUACAACCACCAUAAUAUCCUUGCUACAAUUUCGAGGUUUCUUUUCAUUUGAAGUUUUUACUAAGUGUGAACUAUCAGUAUGGAUUCUGGUGCUAAAUAUGUGGUGCUAAAUGAAUUGUUAGUGUUAAUAGCUUUAGUAAUGCUCUUUUUAUUCAUUGUUAAAAGUGAUAUCCAUUCAAUUCCUGAUUCAGAAACAUUAAUAAAAAUCCUGUUAAAUUAAUCUUACCCAGAAAUAGGCCAGUGAACUCCCUUUUUUGUCUAAAGUCCAACAUUAUUUAGAUGUUACAGAAUGUAAAUAUAUUUUUUAGAGGUUAUCAGUUUUCUUUUUUUAAGGCAUUUUUUAGCAUGGCAAUGUCCAAACUCGUACCACCUGAAGGCUGCCGUACACCUACACCAACCAUGCUACGGGCACUGGCGCCCUCUGGUGAUUGUGAAAAUAAAGUUUUGGUGGCUGCUUGGCCUGCAAAAAAAAGCCAUUUCUUUUAUUUCAAAAAAAAAAAAAUAAGUUCCUCGUUAUUGGAACUCUUGGGUACUCCUUAAAUCUGACAGCAUUUGAAAAUGCUUGACUCUAUUGACGUAAUUUUCAAAGAGGAUAAGAAAGGGAUUAUGUCUUGGCAUCCACUUUCCGAAAUAAUAAUGUUUUUGUAAUGAUAUUUUAGUUCUAAGGUGCUUAUCGAAAUGUUUUUUUUUUAACUAGGUAUCACUAAAGCAUAUUUUUCAUUUGGUUUACAUCAUAAAUACAAUUACAAUUAAAAUUAGUGAAUAGAAUUGUGUGUCUCAUUUUCAGAAGUGAUUAUUUUUAUUUAACAUAGUACAUAAGAUUAAAAAGGAGAUAUGUUAAAAUAAUUAAUUUCAUAUAAAAGGAUUACCUCUCCAUUUUUACUUGUUGGUCUAAAAUUUGAUAAUGUUCUUUGGUCAUAUUAUUUAGCUAAUGAUAAAAUUGUGUUAUGGCAUUCAAAGCCCCUCUAGCCUAACAAAUGUACAUAAAAACUUAGAAUUAUAUCAGCUGCUAUAACUAAUAAAGACAGAAUUCUUAGGUAAAUUUCCAGUUGAUGUAUGUCAUUGACAUUAUGUGUAUGUAUCACAUAAUUGUGAUAAUCUGUUUUGAAGGAAAUGUUUAACUAUGUUAGCAUAACCAAAAGAAAUAUAUUUUGAAGCAGUUUUCCACAUUAAUAUUUCCAAACUGACUUUAAAGCAAGAGAACACUUUUUAUGAUCUCAAUUAUAUAUAAAGCUCUAAGCUCUAACAUAUACUACAAACAAAAUGCAUCUGGUCAUACCCCAAACCUUCCCCAGGGUGUGGGAAGUUUCUUCUGAGAGCGCUAGGAUUCCAUCAAACAGAAAAACAUUGAUCUAAAACAUCCAGCUCCCCUUCCCCCAUUUUUCUUAAAAUAAUCAGGUAAUUAAUGCAAGAAAAAAUUUUGAGGCACUAAAUAAUUUCAAUACCCACUUCACUUUCCAUAUGUUAGAAGCUUCUGGUUUGAUGAAGAAUUAAUGCUGACUUUAACUGGUGCUUGGAGUAGAUUACAGGAUCUUGUGUUUUGUUAUUUGACAAACAGAUGUUGGUACCAUAGUAGUUUGAGAAUUGGAGAUAAUUGUUGUGCACAUAUGAAAAUCAUGCGUUUUUAAAAUAUCUAAAUAUUUUGAAUAUGUACAUAAUCCUAAAAUAUACUAUAUCGUUUUAGAUUUUUUUAAAGAUUAAUUUGGAUAAGUUUUAUUCCUUACCUAACACUGUGGCAGUGAAAGGUGCUCUGAUGUUGUGAUGUAAUGUCAUGAAUGUGUACAUACAUAAAACCUGUGUAAACCUCUGUCCUUAUAAAGCAUAACAAGUGUAGCUUUUUGAACU